AUGAGUCAGGAGGAGAUUUAUGUUGAGCAACCUGAAGGCUUUGCUAUGAAAGAGCAAGAAGAUGAUGUGUACUUGCUCAAGAAGGCCUUGUAUGGUCUGAAACAGGCUCCAAGAGCAUGUGACUGGGGAGGUUCUCUUGAUGACCUAAAGAGCACUUCAGGCUACUGUUUCUUGUUUGGAUCAUGUGCAUUCUCAUGGUGUUGCAAAAAGCAAAAUACGGUGGCGCAGUCUACAACAGAAGUUGAAUUCACUGCAGCUAGUGCUGCUGUAAAUCAAGCUUUGUGGUUAAGAAAAAUGUUAGUAGAUUUGAAUACGAAACAAGAGAGACAAACGUCAUUCACGGCACUGGCACCACAAGUUUUUGAUGGUGAAGGUUAUCAUGUUUGGGCAGCAAGGAUGGAGGCUCAUCUUGAGGCAAAUGAUCUCUGGGAAGCUGUGGAGGAGGACUAUGAAGUUCUUCCAUCGCCUGCAAACCCGACAAUGGCACAGAUAAAGACUCAUAGGAGAGAAAAUCAAGAAAAUUGA